CAUUACAACGCCAUCUAUACUGUUUACAAACACAUGAUGGAAAUAACAUAACACCCACUGGAUAAGGGGCAGUCUCAUGUUAUCCCAAAUGAAUAUGUUCAAGAAGAAAGGGCCCUCUCAGCAGGAAGUCAUCCAUGAGACCAAACUCAAACGCAACAUCACCAAGGAGUUCUCUAAAGUUCUCAAAGUCCUCCAGCACAGACAUACCAAUGAUGAAAAUGAAGUUCCCAUCUACAGUGAUGAUGAGGCCAACUCCCUCUGCAACAUCCUGGAGGCUGUGUUCCUGCAUGGUCUCAAGGACUCCGUGGCCAGCAAGCUGGUCAGUUACAUGAACUUCUCAACACCUGCAGCAGACAGCACAGUCACCGUAAACUUCUGGAACUUCGUUGUGAAGUUCACACACAAAGAUGUGAUCUCGCAGCUGAAGAAACUUCCACAGAUCUCAACAGACAUAGGACUCUGCAGGGCGUGGGUGAGGCUGGCACUCAAUGAUGGGCUGAUGGAGAGCUACGUCGACUCCGUGGUUGCUGAUGCCAAGACCUUGCAGUAUUUCUACAACACUACAGCCUAUCUGAGGGACCAUGAACAUCCAGGCAUUUUAAAAAGUUACCUCUCUGGCCUGAUGACCUUGACCUUCCAACUGUCCUUCAACUCAAGUGUCCUGAAUGACUGGAUGUCCACUCCACUCGUCUUGGCCGGAUUUGUUGACUCUCAGACUCCGACCCCCAUCUUCACGGUCAAGCCAGGGGCAGGAAAGAAGCCAAUUUCAGAGGACAAAUCCUCUUUACAGCUGCCUCCCAGGACUGCACGCUCAAAGUCACAUGAUCUAGAUCGCCUUGGCAACUCACAGAUUGUUUCCAGUCCACUUGAUGGUUUGCGCACUCCACCCAACACACCGUAUGACAUGCAAGGUUUUACUAGGGCCGACGUGGAAGCAAUUAAGAAAAUGGCAAUGGCAUCUUCUCCAUACGCUGCAUCAGAGUGUUCUACAUCAAGUCACAUCUCCUGCCCAGAUCCCAGCAAUGGCAAUGCCCCGAGUUUAGAUCCCUCUCUCAUCGAGGAUCAGAUUUUGCAAGAAAUCAUGGCACAAAAUGCAGCUGAUUUAAGAAACGUAAAAGAUGGGACAGUAUUGAGGAAAUCAGCAGAAAAAGAAGCCUUUGAAAGAUCUCCAAAGACUGAAAGAAAACCAAAUGCAAAUGAUGUUCAAAAAUCUCCAAAAGUCAAACGAAAAACAGAUGAAGAUUGUGUAAAGGAUGUUGAAAACAGUGUUCCAGCAGCCCCAACUGAAGAACUAAUGUCAUCAGAAACCACAAACGUUGAUCUUAAUUCAAAAAGCUGUGAUACUCUUGUAGGAGAAAGUGAGGAGCCGUGUGAUACGGAUCAAGAUGGUCAAACUGAUGGAGCUGUUUCUGAGCUAACAAUUCCUCAACCGGAUGUGCUCGAUAUUUAUGCUCAAGCAAAUUCCUCCACAGAAAAACUACCUCCAUUGAGAGCGAGUUCUGAGUUACCUCCCCUUCACCACUUCACGCAACCGGCGAGUCCAAGCAGACGAAAGAGUGGGCCAGUAGAACCAGUGCUUUCGUCUGUGGUUGCCAGUGAGAUUGUUACGGCUCCUGUCACGGAAAGACGGAGGUCAUCAUUGUCAGCUAUUCAGGAACUGAUCUCGAAGAAUGCUGGACGCUCGGUACCAUCGAGCUCUGGUGUUCAUGUGUAUGAUCCUGCAACCGGCGCCAAUGUGCCCAUGGAACUGGCAGGAAGUCCAAGAACGUAUGGGAACAGGCUGAGUGACAUGACAGGGUGGUCCUCCGAGUUUGAACACAGUGGGGAAUAUUUAUCAGAAAGGAACUUGGCACGGUUUGAAGCUUCCACAGAAGAAAUCUCACGACGUAAAAAAACUGAGAGUUUCCGAACCCUGUUGAAGAACUAUGCCCCUUCAAGCUCCCAGUCCCCCGGCCCCUCUCUGGACCAGGUGAUACAGAACCUGCCCAUCUCCUCCGUGUCAGAGCUCGACUCUGUGGAUGGUGAGGAGCCUCCAAGGAGGGUCAUGAAGACACAGUCCAGCGAAGAUCCCGAGGACCACGAUUUUGAAAUAGUUGAAUGUGGGCGUGUGUCUUUGUUGGACACUGCAAACCCCAACUCCCGUCUGACCCAUUUCAAGGAGAUUGCCGUGGAGAAGGGGCUGGACUCCCAGAACUACCAGUGUAAAGGAUGUUCACGACCAGUCGGACUCAUUUACGGCAACCCCCGAGUGUGUUCCUUUGAUGGUGGCUACUACUGUUUUGAGUGCCAUGAGAACGACGAGUACUACAUCCCAGCACACAUCAUCUUCAACUGGGACUUCCGCAAACAGAAAGUGUCCAAGUUUAGCCAGGAGUACGUCCAACAGAUGGAAGACCAGCCGGUCUUGGACCUGGAGGAGCUCAACCCUAAGAUCUAUGAUCACAUCCAGGAGAUGGAGGACGUCAGACUUCUACGUCAGCAGCUGUGUUCUUUGAAGACGUAUCUCUUCACCUGUCAUCAGUCAGUGGCUGUCGAUCUGAGGAAGAAGGUGUGGCCUCGAGAACACCUGUAUGACAGCAGACACCUCUGUUCUCUUUCAGACUUGCUGCAGAUUCCAUCCGGCCAGCUGGCAAGGUUUCUGAAGGAGGUUGUAAAGUUUGCCAGUAAGCAUGUGUAUGACUGUUCCCUGUGCUCCCAGAAAGGAUUCAUCUGUGAGGUGUGCAACAACCCCAAGGUCAUUUACCCCUUUGAAGUGGAAUCUACCUACAGGAUGUCACCACAAGAGAUUCGUCAAGAUGCGAUGAAAUGUGUAUGUUGUGCAAAGCAGUGUACCACAAGACCUGUAUGACGGAGAACCUGCCCUGCCCCAAGUGUUUGCGCUGGAGACUCCGCAAGUCUAGCUUCGGGGCAAGUCCAGCUGACUCCGAGGACUACGCCUUUACCCCACCUUGACCUGAUCCACAUGGCCUUCACACAGGAGUGUCUUCACCUGUCCUCCGACCCAAGCAUAGUUUUAGUGUCAGUCAGUGCUAUAUCUUCACCCUCGUCAUUUAAGGUUGUAUGCAAGUGUCAUUAUUACAGGGGAAUGACUGGGAAACCUUCAGGGAAUAUAGGCAUGUAGAGAACAGACCCUGCCUUACAGAGGAUGAUGUUUGUGGUGUAGUGCAGAAACCCAUUGAGCUUCCUCGUUUUGUUGUCUAGUUGACCAGCUACUUCGUACCGAUCAUGCUUUGUGUGUGGGUAUCCUGAACAGGUGUCUGUAUUUUCUGCAUGUGAAAUCACUGCCUGUGAGUUCUAGCCCAGAGGUGCUUCUUUUGAGUCCUUAAGCAUAAGUACUCCAAAGAUUAUGAUUGAACUUUUAAUUUUCAAACCAGUGACAUGGUAUUUAUGUUUGUUCAAAACCAGUAACUUUAACACAGCUUUCAUUGUCUGUAGGCAAACCAUUCUUUAAUGUGAUGAAGUAACCGGGCAUUGUGAUGUUGGUUUGUUCUUUGCCAACAACUGCUGUAUGGAAUAUUUUGUACGUCAACUAUAGUCUGGAAGGUAAUUUAAGGUACUGACGUUUACUCCAAUAUCUGAAAAACUAUCGAACCUACUCCAGUCAAAGUUGGUAUGAGAUUAUUAAA